CCCUCAACCUUCUGCGCUUCUCAAUCCCCUCCCUUGCUCCCCGUUCAACAUUAGUUCCUACUAAUUUUUUAUUAAAAAAUGUCUCAACUGGCAUCCUCCUCUUAUCCCUGCAAUUGCAAUCCACCUCACUCAAACCGUCUGCCGAACAAAGACGACCCUGAAAAUCCCAACACAGACACGCCAUUGAUAACGAAGCCCACAGAAAUUGAGCCCGAAAAUGCUGAGGUGAGUCCUAUAGUCAAGGAAGCAAUAUCCAUUGCUAAAAUAGCAUUUCCCAUGAUACUAACAGGCCUCAUGCUCUACCUCGGCCCAUUGGUAUCCAUGAUCUUUCUCGGCCGUCAAGGGGAGCUGGCCUUAGCUGGUGGUUCACUAGCUAUCGGAUUUGCUAACAUCACUGGUUACUCCAUUCCCUCGGGGCUUGCCAUGGGAAUGAAAUCCAUCUGUGGUCAAGCUUUUGGGGCAAGAGUUACAAACUUCUUGGCCUCACCUUGCAAAGAACAUGACGUGUUGACAAACUUCAAUCAAGUAGCCCUGAUAGUCCUUUAUAUCCUCAUCUUCCGCGCCCAUGAAAAGACGUGGGGAGGUUUCUCGAUGGAAUGCUUCAAAGAAUGGAAGUCUCUGCUCAAUAUGGCAAUUCCCAGCUGCAUUUCCGUUUGCCUUGAAUUGUGGUGGUACGAGAUCAUGAUCUUGCUCUGCGGAUUGUUGAUUAACCCAAGAGCCACCGUUGCUUCAAUGGGGAUUCUGAUUCAAACCACAUCGCUAAUUUACAUUUUCCCAUCAUCUCUUAGCUUCAGUGUGUCAACCAGAGUCGAAAACGAACUAGGAGCAGAGCAACCACGAUGGGCUAGGCGCGCAGCCUUCGUUGGCCUUUCCAGUGCCAUCCUUCUUGGCUGCUCGGCGCUGGUAUUCGCAAUUACGGUUAGGCACAAAUGGGCAACCGUGUUUACUCAAGAUGAAGUGAUUGUCAAAUUGACAUCAACGGUUCUGCCUAUAAUUGGGCUCUGCGAGCUCGGAAAUUGCCCGCAAACAACUGGAUGCAGCGUGCUAAGAGGCACAGCGAGGCCGAAAGUCGGGGCAAACAUAAACCUAGGGUGUUUUUACCUGGUGGGCACCCCGGUGGCGGUGGGAUUAGCAUUUUUUGCAGGGUUUGAUUUCCAGGGUCUCUGGAUGGGUCUUCUGGCUGCACAGAUGUCAUGUGCGGUGACCAUGAUGGUGGUUUUGGCUAGAACAGAUUGGAAUUUCGAGGCAGAAAGAGCCAAGACGGUUACCGGAACAGCCGCCGCGGUUGCCGCGGUGGAUGACAGUAAAAAUGCCUCGGCUGAGAAGCCACAGCAAGCUGGAAUCCCGAAAGACCCUUAGGCAAUUUAAAUUUUAAAAAAAGUCCGAUUAUUAA